AUGGACUCGUCGCCGGCGCCAAUCAAGAGGCGCGGGAAUGCAUGUAAACGCUGCCGCCAGCAGAAGAUCAAAUGUGAUGGAGCGUCGCCAUCGUGCUCCAACUGCACGAAGGUCAAGGCCGACUGCAUCAAGACAUCCCAAUCGAGCGAGCAUAUCGCCGGGCUAGAAAGGAGGAUCCAUGAUCUUGAGAGUCAGCUACGCGCACAGCAAAAUGCUGCCCAGUCAGCUGCCAUCUACGCUCAAGACCAGCCCAGUGCCACGUUCAAGGACUCGCCCACUUCAGCCUUCAAUCCUUCACUUCAAGGAGGAGUGACGAGCCCAGGGCAGGGCCAUCUACCAACUGCUCCCACGCCAGCGUCUAUCGAUAGCCAUAUCGGACCCAGUCAGCCUUUGGCUCAUGAUGUUGGAUUGCUUUCGCUGGGUAACAGCGGCGAUCCAAAAUACCUCGGUCCCUCCUCAGGUGUCACUUUCGCGCGUCUCAUCCAUGCGGUCGUACCUCAGGCACAGGGAAUUCCUACAGCCUUGGCCAGGAACCUUGCCCCUGUUGAUACUGAGGCUGGACUUCAGCCUGCUGUCUCGCAAUUUCCAGAAAAGGCUGAGCUUCACUACUUCGAAAACGCCUACUUCGAUGUCUGGCAACCGAUAUAUCCCUUUCUCGACGAGGAAGCAUUUCACAGCAUGGUAGAGAGACUAUAUGAGACCCAUCACGGCCUUCAUGGCCUUGUGGCUCCAGCCAUCGAUCCCGCGACAUCGAUGGAUCUGGGCCAAUGCUUCUUGGUGUUGGCGCUGGGCGCCCAAGUUCUCGAAUCUAGAGUCGGUAAUGACUUCGGCUCCAGUAACCUUUACGCCACAGCCAUCCAGCAUAUCGCCACAGUACCCCUCCACGACAGCCUUCGUGGGGUUCAAGCGAUGAUCCUACUGGUUCUCUGUAGCUUCUCUUUCCCCCAAGGCGGCAAUGCCUGGUUCUUGGUGUCUGCGAUCAUCGCAAGUUGUCUUGAUCUUGGCUUGCAAAGAAGACAACUUCGACCAUCCGACCAGCUCUCGGAAGAGGACAGGCUAAAGCUAACGCAACAUGAGAAUCUCCGUAGUUCUAUCUUUUGGUCUGGAUAUUCACUCGAGAGAACACUUUCUGUUAUCCUCGGCAGGCCUCUGACUCUACGCGAUGAGGCAAUUGACAUUCGUUUUCCAGGUGGUCACGCAAGCGACGAGCUCGACAGCACUGCUGUGGUCGCUGCUCUGGAUUCAGGCCCCAAAGUGCGCAAUCCACAGAGACCUCCAGCCAAACGCGCGCGACUGGAGUCCAUGUCCUCAAAUAGCGGACCUGCGGCAGAGCCUGGAUACGAGCUAUCUGUCUUGUCUUUCCGGUUUGAUCGGAUCGUUGCAGAGAUUAAAUUGAUGGUCUACCGCGUGGUGAACCUCCCGCACCGCUUUCCGUGGCCCGACAAUCGCAGCGAGUGGCAAAUGCAGGUGCACGAAGCCUGUCGAAACAUUCUCUCACAAGCUGAGAGCGUGUUACACAUUCGCAAAGGCCGAAAUUACGAGCAUCUGAUGCACUCGCUCACACUCAAGUACCAUCAAUGUCUCAUGAUCCUGUACCGACCGAGUCCAGCCUUCCCAGAGCCCUCUUCGACCGCGAUGGAAGCCUGCUACAGCAGCGCGGUGGAGAUUCUUCGAAUCCACGCAGAGAUGAAUCGCUUCGCAACACUGGUCAACAGCUGGCUCACAGCACAUGCAGUCUUCACAAGCGGGAUUACCAUGCUGUACUGCCUCUGGAUGAGCCCUGAAGUACGCAAGAACUCAUCAAUCAGCGACUUGUCGAAACAUGCUAGUGCCUGCACGAGCGUGCUGCAAAAGCUCGGCAAGACGUGGUCGGUGGCUGAGAGUGCUCGGAUGAAGUUUGAGAAGCUCGUCAGCCAUACUUCUGAUAGCUUGAGGCAAGACAAUCGCGGCCAAAUUGGCGCUGUACCCAUCAACGUGAACACCGUCGGCGAAGGACAUGACAUCCCAGCGGGAGAGGGCGUCCCUGGCUCUUACGACCUCCUAGACGGCACAACAUCACAAUUCGAACCUUCAUGGGACGACCUCAUAGCUGGAAACUCCCUUCCAGGUCCCGGCAUGAUCAUGGACGAGCUGGGCGACAUGAGUACUUGGUUCGAUCUCGAUUGGCUGAGCGAUAUCAAUUAUUCAAAUAUCUCGUGGCCUUGA